AUGUUUAGCAGUGAAAGUAUGCAAGAGCAUAUUUUGUAUGAUAAAAUCUAUUAAUACCUUUGGGUUAAAUCAGAAACUGCCAAUCCUCCUGCCAUCCUGAUUCCUGAUACUGUCAUACUUAUUCGUUCUAUGCCCAUCUAUUGGUAUUACACAGAUAAAGAAACAGGUGAAAUCAAAAAGAAAAUGAGAAAGAAUGUUACUAAACAAAAUAUAAAGUAAACUUGGAAUCAACAAGUUGGCCGAGGUGGUGUUGUAGCAUACCUUUUACAUUUUAUGUAUGCGUUGUUCCCUACUAAUUUGCAAGUGAUAAUUUAGAUCUGAAUUACCCUCCAGAAAAGUUUCAAAUCAGUGGCUAAAUCCAAGUGAUAUACUUUGAUGUUGAAGGAUUCAAUAAAUUUAUGGAUGGCCACUUUGAAUUACCAUUUGGUAUUUUAUAACAAUUCAUUGAACCAGCAGAUGAUCGCAAUUGUAAAUUAACUAAUCAUUAUUUCAUAGCCCAAAUUCAAGCCUUCUGGAGUAAAUCAGUCACUCUAUUUACUAAAAGAGUUUGCAAGAAAUCUUUCACCAAUAAGUCCAUGAACAUUUAUGAACGACAUUGUACUUUCGAAGGACCUGAAUAUUUCAGUGAAGCAAGUAUCAUUAUCUCCUUCAUAGUUCAUUUAAGCAUAAGUGAAAGAUUUCUAAUCCUAAAGAAUCUCUGAACAAAUCGAUAAAAUGAUAUCUCAUCUAGAUGCUAUCUCUUAUGGCAAAUUAAAUAUAUCACAAGGAACUUUCUAUUUCAAAGUAGAUAAAAAAGCUAGAUGUUGGUUCCUAUUUUGUGGUAAUCUUAAAUUUGAAGAUGAUAAAUAACUUAAGAAUCUACCUAAAGAUCUAUAUACCUAAUCUCAAAUCAAAGUAUAAUUUCAUCCUAUAAUUCAAAAGAUUCCAAAAUCAAUUGAUAAUUUGAUGUCUGUUUACAAUUCAAGACCUCUAUAAUUGAAUAGAGAACAUAAGUGUAUCAGAUGUGGUUAAUUGGAGAAAGGAUCAAACUUUGUAGAAGUCCCAUAUCAUUUCUUAAUUGAUUUAUCUGAAAAUCCACUUCCUGUUGAAUAAUGGCCUCUCGAAGUUAAGAAAUAAGCCAAAUAAGUCAAACUUAGUGGUGCAAACCAAGAAAAGAUUGCAUAUGUCAAUACUAUAUCUUAAAUCCCAAUGACCUUAUAGAAAAUACAUGAAAAAUUAAAUAUUCAAAACUAUCAAGAAUUGAAAUAAUCUUAAGGAUUUAAAUAUAAAACAAUAGCAGUUUGUUUAGAUUGUUAUUUCAUAAUGGGUAUGUAGAUAUGUAUUAUAAUUAGUUGAAAACCAAGAAAGAAUUGCUAUGUAAGAGGUUACAUCUAAAGGGAAAACCAGUAUGCCAAGAGUAAAAUCUAAGCAAAUUUAAAGAAAAGAAUAGAGUCUUAAUCAAUUUCUCAACUCAACUCAAUUAUUUAAGUAAGUAAAAUCUGUGAAAAACAUUUAAAUUAAAUAAGUGGCUUCUCAGACUCCCACUCCAAAAUAAAAUACUAUUUAGAAAUAUGUUAGUCUUAGAUUGACAAAUUGUAAAUCAAUAACUCCUAUAAAAUAUUCAAUUGAAGUUCCAUCAACAGCUGAUUAUUUGUCAAGGAAGACAAAAUCUACAUACUAAGAUAUGAGUUCGACUUACAAAUUCAAGAAUAGUAGAGAUAACUAUAAUCAAUCAUUACAAGAGAGAUAAUAAAAUAGAUUGAUAGAAAUAAAAGAUGAAUAAGAAUAAUGA